AUGCCUGCAUGUGAUAUACAAGCUAAGCCACAAAUUGAGUCUAGAAUGAAGACUUUGAAGACUCAUUUUCAAGUGGUUCAUGAAAUGUUGACUGGACCAUUUUGUAGUGGAUUUGGGUGGGACAAUGACAGAAAAGCUAUUACUGCAAAAAAGUCAGUGUGGGAAGCAUAUUUGCAAAGUCACAAAGAAGCAGCCCCCUUCAAGAUCAAGUCAUUCCCUUGGUAUGAUGACUUAUGUAUGGUUUUUGGCAAGGAUCGUGCAACUGGAAAAAAUGCGGAGACUGCAGCAGAUGUUGUUGAAGAACUUCAAACUGAAGAAGAAAACACUACUCUUGGAGAAGAUGAUUUCAACUAUGCUAACAAUGUGGAUUAA